AUGAUGAAGUCCUCCAUCUCCGUCCUCACAGUUGUACUCGCCGCCGCCGCCACCGCCGUUGUGGCAGCAGCGCCAUCCGUGCGCCUCUCCGGCUCCAACACCGUCUACGAAGGCGUUCACAUCCCCUCCUUCGACCAAGAAGCCUUCCUGGGCGUUCCAUACGCCUCGCAGCCGGUGCGCUUCACGCCGUCCCGUCUGCUCGUCCCAGGCACCGGCCGUGUCUCCGCGCGAACCUACGGCACCUCCUGUCCCGCCUACGGCUCGGCGACGACCGAGCAGGUAACCGCGGGGAUCAUCACACUGGGCGAGGACUGCUUGAACCUUAACGUCGUCCGCCCCACAGGCGAGAAUGGUCCCCUGCCCGUGGCUGUGUGGAUCUAUGGUGGAGGCUGGCAGCAGGGCAGCGCCGCAGAUCUGAAAUAUAACCUCAGCCAUAUCGUACAGCAGAGUGUUGAGAUGGGGAAGCCUAUGAUCGGCGUGAGUAUUAAUUAUAGGACCGCGGGGUUCGGGUUCUUGUAUUCGCAGGAGGUCCAGAACUCCGGAAACGCGAAUCUUGGCUUGAAGGACCAGAGGGUAGCGCUGCAGUGGAUUCAGAAGUAUAUCCACGCCUUUGGAGGAGAUCCUAAGAAGGUUACCAUAUGGGGAGAGUCGGCGGGUGCGUAUAGUAUUGGAAACCACUUGCUCGCGUAUGGCGGAAGGGAUGAUGGACUGUUUCGCGGAGCCAUCCUGCAAUCCGGAACCGCGGUAGGCCCACCACUCAACGACACCCGCUGGUACCAACCAAUCUACAACCGCGUCACCGCCGCUACGGGCUGUGCCGACGCCAUUGACACCCUCGACUGCCUCCGCAACCUCCCAUACGCAACGCUCUACCCGGCACUCAACGUGGGCGUGGAAUGGUUUGCUGCGGUGGAUGGCGACAUGAUUGGCGGCUGGGGCUCGGCGGGUACGAAUGCCGGACGGUUCAUCAAAGUCCCUCUUCUCCUCGGCUCCAACACGGACGAGGGUACGUCGUUCGGCGUUUCGGGGGUGAACAGUGAUGCCGAUGCCGUGGCGCAAUUGAUUUCCUCCAAACGCUGGGUCCUUACCCCCGUACAGGCCAGCAAGCUCCUAACCUUCUACCCUGACGACCCCAUCGUCGGCAGUCCAUACGGCACCGGAAGCCGGACGUUCCCCGCUCUCGGCGCGCAAUACAAGCGGUACUCCUCCAUGGCGGGGGACCUAACGAUGGACGCACCACGGCGGCAGCUCGCGCAAGCCGCCGCAAAGUACUCCGCCGUAUUCUCGUACCGCUUCGACACGCCGCCGCCCAACAGCACCGAAAAGGUUGGCAUUGGCCACGGCGCCGAAGUGCCGUUCGUGUUUGCGGAUCCCACGGCGAGUCUUGGGAAUGGUACCGCGGUCAAUGCACUCGCCAGGAAGAUGGCGAGGUUGUGGGUCGCGUUCGUGGUCGAUGGGAGGCCGGCGGAGGAGGCGGCUUGGCCGAGGUAUAGGAAUGAGCGCCCCAGGAAUUUGGUGCUCCGCGCGGAUAGGAGCUACACUGAGGAGGAUACGUAUAGGAGGGAGGGGAUGGCGUAUAUCAACUCGCUGUUGAGAUAG